AUGAGAAUGUCGCUGCUGAAGCCCAAACCAGAUGCGUUAGUUAUAAAAGACCUCGGGAUAGGCUCACCUGUUAUUCUCGUAUCAUUCAACACCGGCUUGCUUUCACGAAAAAUUUCUGGUGUCGCUAUGAUCGACUUGCCGCAAUAUACAUCUCAAGAGGUCGCUGCUCACAAGAGCAGGAAUGACUUGUGGCUGAUUAUUAAUGGCAAAGUGUACGAUGUCACCGAGUACGUGAGAGAUCAUCCUGGAGGGGCUGAUGUUCUCAUCGAUACUGCUGGAAAAGACGCAACUGAGGCCUAUGAGGAUGUUGGACAUUCAGAGGACGCCGACGAGAUUCUUCAAACAUACCUUAUCGGUACUCUAAAAGAUGCGGCGAAGCGAGUGCGCCCCCAGCAAGUUCGUUUAAUCCAGUCUACGAACCCUGUGCCUCCAGAAGACACGCAAAGACCAGGGCUAAUCAAAUCCUUUGCACUGGCUACUGUUUGCGUCAGCGGUGCAGCGGUUUCCCUGUAUCUUGGCAAAAGCAUGUAUGCUUCCUGGUCGGGACUCUCAGGGCUUCACGGCCUCAAAAAAUCGCUCCACCUGCCAAGCUCGCUUUUCAAUGCAGGGCUCGGGGGGUUCUAUACAGGCUUUGCCGUAGCAACUGGAAUAUCCAGCAUCGUCGGCUCGGUGGUCGCAUCGAAGCUGUCUGCUAUGACACAGAUCCAGUCCGGCUUCACGAAGUACCCACCGCACAUCAAGAGCCGCAAGCCUCCUCGAGUCAACCCUCAUCUCUUGAAAGGAUUCCUCGAUCCCAAGGAAUACAAGAGUUUGCCACUUGUUCAGAAAAAGACGCUUGCGCCAAACGUUUACAAGUUUGUCUUCCAGCUGCCCGGUCGACAAGACGUUAUAGGCCUUCCCAUCGGGCAGCAUGUAGCCAUCAAGGCGAACAUCGAAGGCAAAACAGUAUCGAGAUCCUACACCCCGACGUCGAAUAAUAUAGACCGCGGUGUUUUGGAACUGGUUAUCAAGUGCUAUCCCGACGGUCUCCUAACGGGAAAAUACCUUGCAAACCUGCAAGUUGGAGACAAGGUCGAGUUCCGCGGUCCCAAGGGCGCAAUGAAGUACACCAAGGGCCUCUGCAAGAAGAUUGGGAUGAUUGCAGGUGGCACUGGAAUAACGCCCAUGUACCAACUUAUUCGGGCAAUCUGUGAGGAUCCCACUGAUACUACGGAGAUCAGUCUGAUCUAUGCCAACCGCAGUGAAGAGGACAUUCUGAUGCGAAGUGAGCUGGAGGAGUUUGCGAGAAAUUUCCCCAAAAACCUUAAGAUUUGGUACAUGUUAGAUACACCGCCAGAGAAGUGGUCUUUUGGGACAGGGUACAUCACAGCUGAGAUCAUGAGGGAGCAUCUGCCCAUGGCCGACAAGGAUACCAAAAUCAUGCUCUGCGGUCCACCGGGAAUGCUGAUUGCGUGUAAGAAGGGUUUGGUGGCAUUGGGGUAUGAGGCUCCAGGAGCUGUCGCGAAGAUGGAUGACCAGAUUUUCUGUUUCUAA